CGUUGUAAAAUGGAGGACUGGCCAUCGACUGUGUGUGAAAACGUGCGGCCACGUCGGCAUUCAACGUUGUAAUACUGUCAUGGUUAUCAACAGUAUCGAUGAGUCUGCCAGUUGAUGACUACGAAGAAGAUAUGAUUUCUUCAGGUUACCCGUCCACUGUACACGAGUGGAUGAAAGCUAUUCGCAGACCCACACCUUACAGGGUGGGCAAUGCUCGAUUGCACCUGAAAACACGAACUGUCAUAUACGCUGCGCUUUUUUCAACAGCUAUUUUUGUGUUGUUUAUAGUAUUUAUUCCCCGGCCUGCUCCUGUGGCUCCGAAAUGUGACGAAUUUUAUUCAGAUAAAUAUUAUUUUUCAAAAUACCCAUUGACAGCACCAACAAGGACAGAACAUGGAAUGAUGUAUUCUAUUGGUCUAAUAACAGAUCUUGAUACGGACUCCAAAAGUAAAGAUAAGAAAGACACAUGGUUCAGUUAUUUCAGAACUGGCAACUUUACCAUAAGCCAUGACAACCGACAUGUCAGUGUGAAACUGAACCAGCCUGUGGUUAUCACUUCUACAUUGUCUCAAGGUGGGCGUGGUAUGGAGUUGUCAGAACUAGUGACAUUCAAUCAGAAGUUGUAUUCUGUUGAUGACAGAACUGGAGUCGUCUAUGAUGUAACUGACAGACGUGAAGUUGUGCCUUGGGUUGUACUUUCAGAUGGAAAUGGAAAACAUAAUAAAGGCUUUAAGUGUGAAUGGGCUGCUGUAAAGAAUAAGAGGUUGUAUGUAGGUGGCCUGGGAAAAGAAUGGACCACCACUACUGGAGAAGUCAAGAGCCUGGAUCCUCAGUGGGUCAAGUCUGUUGGCGUUCUGGGAGACGUACAGCAUCACGAUUGGCAUGAAAACUACAAUGCUCUCAGAGCUGCUACUGGAACUCUUUUACCAGGUUACAUGAUCCAUGAAUCAGGAGUUUGGAGUGAGAUGCACAACCGUUGGUUCUUUCUGCCCCGCAGAGCGAGUAAGGAAAAAUAUGAUGAAGUGUCUGACGAGAGACGAGCCACUAAUAUGUUGAUCUCAGCUGACGAGAGCUUUCAAGAAAUUAAAGUGACACGGAUUGGACAAGAGAGUCCAACGCAUGGGUUUUCCUCUUUCAAAUUUGUUCCUGGUACUGACGACUUGGUUGUUGUAGCUCUGAAAUCUGAAGAAGAUAGAGGAAAAGUUGCAUCAUAUAUUUUAGUAUUUAAUAUCUAUGGUAAGAUCUUACUACCAGAACAGAUUAUUGGUAAUGUAAAAUAUGAAGGCAUCGAGUUCAUUUAAUCAUGUUAAAACAUUCCACAUAUCGUAUUGUUGCCAAGCUGUGAUAGAAUAUGUAUUAUAGUGUACAGUCCUUGUGUGUGGAAGAGGCUGAAGCAGGUGAACAGGUGAAUGGCUGUAAUUUAUAUACUGAAAUUUUAUUUGUCAUUUAGUUCUGGAACCAUAAUUCUUUCAAACAUUUGAUUCAUUUUUGUUGUCUUUGGCAUAUAUAUGUGUAUAUAAGGUGCAAUGUUGAUAAUGUUUGAAAUGAAUCAAUGUCUAUGUGGCCUUCAGUAACUGUUCUUUGUACUUAGUCAUGUGAUGGUUGUUUUGGUGAAGGUGGCCUUGUCCACCUCUCUACACCAGCAUAGGGUGUAUACAGAAAACUGGGCAUGGCUUCCUCGUAACACCAGGAAAAUGGCAACACAGGAUUUCUCGGUGAUGAUCUCACUGAACAAGAAGUGGAGUGGAGUGUACACAAGUUCCUGCAUUUCAUGUAACAGUAGAGCAAAGAAAUCUCUUUUUUGCAUGCAACAUAAGUUUAAUAUUUAUUCAUACGUCUGGUAUCUAGGUAACAAACCCCUGAACAGUGAAACAUUGAAGUAUCAGAAGUUUUGUUCCACUAAACCUACAUCAGUGCAGAUAUUAGGGCUUCAGUCUGGUGCAGCUUGGUGUGUUAGUGUCACAUACUGUCUUCUCAUGCCUCAUAUCUUACCCUUUGUCCUAUGUUAAUACCUGAGACCACGGUUUGGCCAUAGGACUGGAGAGAGGAGGAAAAGGGCAUGAUAAUACCCGGUAAUAGCCUUCUAUAACGAUGAGACAGUAUGUGAAACAAGUGCAGUAUGUGAAACAAGUGCGAUUAGGAUGUUUUUGUCAUGAUUUAGUUACUUAACAUUUGUGAAUGAAAGGUAUGACAGUAUUUGCUACUUAAUGAUAUCAGUGUGUAGUAAAAUAAAUGAGUACAUGUAAUUCCUAGUUGCUGAGAGUGACGCACCACUGUAUGGGGAUUGUUGGAGAGUAGUGUGUCUCUUUGACAGGCAGACUAAGUUAGAGGAUAUGUAAACCCAUCCUGGAGGCUUCUGUAUGUAACCUUAACUUUGACAAAAAACUGAUUUAAAUACUGAUAAAAUCUGUUUUAGAUUAUACUAUUAAGCAUAUGUUUUAACUAGAUUGGAAUUCUUCCAAUCACAGUGCAGUGGUCUUCUGUUUGAGGCAAGGGAUGUCAAACCUCAUAACCUGUUGGAGAGUAGUCACGCUCUUAACUGACAGAAACACUGAGUUUUAGGAUGAAUUAAUUUUUAAUAAUGGAAUCUUUGAAACAGGAUAAUUGUAAGAAUCUUCAAACUUAUAGUCCAUAUCGUUGUUUCAAGUUAUUCUGUAGACUACUUUGGAGUAGUUUUGAGGAGUAUUGCUCCUUUGGAUAAUGAGUGUCAAAUCAGAUUCAGACGUGAAACAUCCUUUACUGCCGACUAUUGUUUCAGCUUAGUCCUGAUUCACCAGUGUAUCAAUGUAUCUUCAAUUCACACCUGAUAACAAAGUACAUGACAUGCCUACGCAUGUGUCUAUUUCUGGUUGAGUUCAGAAUAUGUUUGUACAUUGUUAACACACGUAUUAAGUACUCAGACUAGCAUUUGCUGUCAGUCGCCACUGACCGCAAUCAAAAUUCAAAAUCUCAUAGCAUAAUACCAUAGUAUACGGGCAGGCCAAAGAUUCAGCAGCCAUGCGAGUUGAACAUAAAAUGGUUGAUUGCAUGUUGUUGACAUUGAUUCAAAAUUUCCUGCCUUAAUUAGGCAUUGAUAUACAUAAUGUAUUAUGAUGUAAGGAUUGUGAAAUGUAUUGAUGCAUGAGGUGGGCAUAUUGUGACACCCCUAAGAUGAUUAAGGCUUUCAGAGCUUGCAUUCAUGCUUAUGUGAAAAUAGGACUGGCUGUCCAUAUAGAUCAUAGGAGAUCAAGAAUUAACUAGAUACUGAAAAAUAUCAGAGAGGCAACUUUGAGCAAAACUGACAAAAACAGUUCGAAAGAAAUUAACACAUCACUAGUGGGUGGAGGUACAUUUGUGCAUUGAUUACUUCCCAAAACAGCAUUUUGUGAACAUAAUUUAGAAGAAAUCCAAAAAUAAGAAAGGUAAUUUUGUGUAUUGUUUGAGUAAGUUGAAACUAUGUCAUCACUAUAGUUUAUGUCAGUUAUUCAGGUAUUAUCGCUGACCCAAUUUUCAUAUCAAUAAUCAUUAAUAAGCCUUCCCAUCAACAGUAUGUUUUCUGGUUAUCAGUUUUCUAGCCAGGCCUACAUGAUCCUUGAUCUGGAAUUUCCCGGAAUAAUGAAUCUGAUUGGCUGAGUGGUGUGUAUGUCCGAGGUAUUUAUUGCGCUUUGCUUUUUGUUUCUUUAUCAUGUCUUCUUGAACAUGCUUGUAUUUGGUUGAAUCAUGUCGAUUACUUUGUGCUCUGUGUGAAUGUGAAUGUCUUUCAUAAUCAUGCACAGUUGGGUUCUUGAUAGAGAAUAGAAACAUUAGAGCUUCUUUAUAGUGGGGCAAAUGUACAUAGGUUUGUCAAACAGGGUUGACAGUUAGUCUGAGGGAUUAAUUUCAUUUCUUAUUUUUUUCACUUGUCCGCUAGAAUGAUCAGCUAGAGAGUUGCCAUACUUCAUUUAGUGAUAAAAGUGGUAGUCCACCAAAUGUCACUUGUCUCUCCUGAACUUUACAACCUUGCUUGCAGAUGAAUUUGAAUUGCACGGUCUUAAUUGAAUUGAGCGGGGACAACUGUAGUAUUUUGUUUGUUAAAAUUUUAGCUUGACAAAAAAAAUCUAGUUUGAGUUUAAACCUGGGUGAUGUAUAUACCUUAAGUAAUAAUACAAAAACUUGUUAUUCCAAUUUUAUUUUUCCAGAAAGAAUCUUUACAGGAAGUUAACUCUAUACCAAACCUAAUGAUUUUCUCUUUUGUUAUUUGCUUGCUUUAUUUGAGCAUAUUGAUAAGGUAAACUCGUACAAUGAGAAUUAUUAUGGUCAACAUGGUCAAAGUUCUGGGCAUCCAUGAAACAGAAGGCUUCACAAAACAGUGGUAGCCCUGUGAUUAAUGCAUUUGGUCAUCGCCCAGAAAACCCAGUACCCAUGAUUCCAAUUCUGAUUCGCCACAAGGGUGCAAUGUGUGAAGCCCAUUCCUGGUGGCUCCUGACAUGAUAUUGCUUGAAUAUUGCUAAAAGGUGGCAUAAAAUGUUACUCACUAAUAAACUCACUUUAAUAAAUUAAUUGUGCAAAUGCAUAAAAUAUAUGAUCAUAUAUGGUAUGUAUUUCUCCGCUGGAGUACUGGUAAUAGAAUAGGAAUGAGUGAAUUUACAACUCAGCUGGACAUUGUCCGAUACUCAUUAAGAUCAUACCUUGAUACUUUUUUGUUUUGUAUACAACAAAUUUAUUAUUUUUGUUUUAUAAUGACAUGCAGUGUAACUGUUAUCAUUCCGAUUUUGACAAGACACAUAUAAAAAAAUUGUUUAUACAUUUCAUUUUUAAUUAAAGAGAUUUUGAUAGACUUAUGUAGAACCAGAAACUACAAAAAUAAAUGUUAAUGUUUAUUCAGAAAAUGUUUAAUUACGGUUUGUUGGUGUAGUUCCAGUAUCAAGUCUGGGAAAUAUUUGCCAGCCUGUGUUUGAGAAACCGAUGUUGCUUGUGUGAAGGAACCUCAUAUUUUUCUGUUUGAUUUGUCAGGACAAUCUUGUAUACAUAAUUUUGGACAACUAAAUCAGUUGAAGGCCACAAAAUCUUUGACGCUUCUGAGUGGGAGCAGUGAAAAAAUGAUAAACAUCAGAGAGACUGUUGGUAGGGGACACUCACACCUGAAUACACAGUGCCAUUCAAAAAGUGAUCAUGUGUAACACAUGAUACAUUUGGGAUUACACUUUCUCAGUGAAGUACUGCCAAUUUACACUUGUCAGAGGUCUACACAAAGUAGGUGAUUUAGACUAUCAGUUGUCAGGCUUCCUAUUUUGCAGAAACUGCAGUUGCAGAGUGAGGGUUUAUUGUUUUAGAUCGCUAAAUUUAUGCCCUGUUGAUAAGGUGCCUGACUCUGAGAGUGUGGGUUCAAAUGCUGGAUGGGACUCAACCAGAUUCUCGUCAGUAGUCUACUAGAAUCAGUACUGAUGAAGUGUAAUCCCAAUAUGAUAUAUGGCAUCCACACAGCCAAAACCCCCACACAUCAGUUUGUCACAACAGUGUUUAACUGGAUGAGAAAGGCAGAAUGAAACUACUAUUUUGGUGACUAAUCUUCAAGUGAUGUUUUAACGGUAAAGUCUGUUUUGGUUCAAAUGAGAAGCGGCUGAUGGAACAGCUGGCAUGCACUUCAGGUGCAACUCAGCACAGCCAGGUGAGAUGAUCCCUACUAGUCAGGAAACAGCCGGCGCUGUUCCACCAGCAGUUUGUCACCCCCCCCGGAAAGCAUGAAAAUAGGACAAUAUUACAUGAUGGUUUCUUAAACAACUUUUUCCGUGAUCGAUCAUAAAACGUCCGAUUUCAGAUCCUGUUGGGUACAGAGGUUUCAGGACCAUGUGUCUUAUUUAUGUUUUGUGCACUUAUCCCUAUUUCGAGUUAUUUAAUCAUUCAUCGUUCUCAUUUGAACCCAAACGGACUAUAAACUGUAAACUGUCAUACUCAUUGUUCCAGCCCCACUGUGCAGGUUGUUGGUACUAAACCCACUUGUGUUGUGAUGGUUGAAGAGUAAAUCAUCAAGUUUCUGGGGUGUAUUCAACAUUACACAUAAAGUUCUGCUAUGUGACAUAAUAGAAUGAACAGUGUAUUGGCGGAUGCGGCUGGUAAGGCAUGGGAACAGUAGCUUAUACCCCACUCUGGAUGACAAAACAUUAAAUAUUGUUAAUGUCACCAUAUUUAAUGUGAUUGAUUUAAACAUAUACUUGUGAAAAUUGGCAAAUUCAGCUUAUAAGGUAUGGGUACAGUAACUUAUACCCCAUUCUGGAAGACAAAACAUUUGUAAUGUGAUGUUUUCAUAUCACAGCUUACAAAUGUAAUUGAAAGAAAUGAAUGUUUUACAGAAAAUGUCCUCAAUCUUAUUUCCAAAUGCUGCUGCUUUCUUUCAGCCCUGCACAAGACAACUAAGAAAUCCUCCUGACUCUCAAAGGAAAAUUAAUAUAAAUUGUGUGAAAUAUUUUUCGUAAAUAACAUUAAAUAGAGGUUUAAACAUUGUGAAAAGGAGAGAUUUAGGGCAAAUAAAUUCAUGGCAACAAAAUUGGGAGUGUAGUGUAGGAAACAUUGCAUAGUUUUUCUUCCCCUACUCUUCAAAGUUUAGUGAUAAUCCCCAAAAGGUUCCACAUGGCUCUGUGUUUAAAGUGAUGUAUUACAGUUUCAAUAGAAUUCUCCUGCAUGUUCAUUGAGGAGAUUACUAUUAAAAUGGUUUGGGGCUAUCUUCAAACAGCUUUUAGCUAGUUUAAUGUUUUGAACCACAUUUACUUAACAGUAUUUAUAUAUUUUUAUUGUGUUUACAAAUGUCGAGUCUGUCCUUGUGACCAGUCAUUAAGUCAUCACAUCCUUAGUCCCAGCUGGUUUGGUUCCUUGCUUCCUGUAUUCACUUUGGGGAGUAUGGUAUGAAUCUAUCAUAGUGCUGAUGUAACAAUCAUGAAUAGUUUUCUGAAUAGUGAAAGGAUAACAAAUAUUUGUGUCUGUGACCAUGACGACAUCUAACAUUGUUGGGCCUCAUCUUCAUCCAGUAUUGAAAUAGACAGCUUUCCAAUAUGUUAAAUGAAUGUAUGACAGUUUUGUUCAAUUGAAAGAAGAACCACUUGGUAAGGCUUAUGUUCUGUGAUACUCCAUGUUCCUAUUCCCAGGAUGAUGACAACUCUGAAUUGUUCCUAAGUGUAACAUGUAGAUGUUUCCAGGGUAUACCUCGAUUCUGACCUUCAUUUAUCAGCACCAGUGUUACAUAGUGUUAAGAAAGUGGUAAAUGUCGGGACACUGAAUCACUCAAAAUGGACACUUAUGCAGUGUUACCCAGCUCACUCACUAAUGACGUCUAAUCAUGGGGUGACCUCUUCUUGCAUGUAAUACCUUUACUACUAACCAUAUCCUAGAUUUUCUAAACUCUCUUAACGCUAAGAUAGUCGUAAGUUAAUGUUAAUGUAUGGCACUUAUGACUAUCUUAGGGCUAAGAGAGCUUAAAAAAUAUAGGCCCAGAGCCUAGAUUUUUCAAGCUCUCUUAGCGCUAAGAUGGUCGUAAGUUAAUGUUAGUGUUUGGCACUUUCGAUCAUCUUAGCCCUAAGAGAGCUUCGAAAAUCUAGGCCCAGGGGUUUAGGCUUUAGGACUGGGGACAUUUACUAAGCCAGUAUUUCCUGGCUAAGUUCUUCAGUGAAUACAUCAUGGGAUGCUGUCUUGCUAAUCAUUGUGCAUUUGUAGGAUCAUAGUCAUUAAUGUGGGGCACAAAGCAUCAGUCGACAAGAGGUAGAUGAAAAGUUUGACCUGAACUGCAAAGGAUGUAUUGUACACCCUAGCAGUUUGUGUAUAAGAAACAAUACUUUUCAGGCUUACAGGCUGCAUUUGAACCAAAUAGGCAGCAUAUAUCUGCUGCAACUUCAGCAACCAUCCAUGCCAACUUUAAAGAUCAGAAAGACCUUCAAGACCAGAUUAUGUUGUUAAAGUAUAUGAUAUGAUUCUGGGUAAUGCUGAGUGUGCCUCUCAUGAGGCUUCAGAACAUUCACAUGAAUGAUCUUGGCAUGACAAAGGUUUCAGCACACUGGGUCCAAGUGUUUAAUGUCUGGUAAGGGACUCUUCAGGUUCACCAUCUCUCAUGAGAUUCCAAGCAAAUCCUACUGAUGAAAUACUACCUGAAAAGUAGGACCUUUAAUGGCCUAUCGUGUGCAAAUAUACUCAGGCAACGGCAUGAGAAUACCAAGGAUAAACAUUGUGUAAAAUUCACUAAAGGACCACCACAGCGCAUUGCUGCAAUGCAUAUUUCUCAAUGAUGGUUGGUAUUUUUCUAUACAGUGAACUAUAUUUAUAAGGAACCAAUAUUUCGGUCCCUCCCACAUGCUUUCAGUUGAAAUGCAUAUAACAAACUACUGUUAUAACAAGUUAAAUGAGUGGUUUGAGUUUGUUAUAACCAAAGAUUACUGUAUAAAGCUUACAAUUGAUUUUUAAAUAGUUUUCAGUCAAUGAUCUGUUAGAUUAUCUUUUGUAUUUUGACAGUUAGUACCACAUGGCUCACAUUGUGUUUGGCAAGCUUGAGAGAUGCUUCUUUAUAAUAGUUUGAAUCAUGUUCUCUAAUCUCCUGUAUAAUGUUACACAGUUGCAGCUUUGGCAACCAUUUUAUAAAUUAUUAUGGAUUUAUUCAUCUUAUGAAGUUUAAAGUGAGAAACCUAUUGUCCACUAGAACAUUGUUCUCAUAGAUCCUUCUUUACUCAAAAGGUAUAUAUAUGAAUGCCAUGGGAACUGUUCAUCAAAAAACAGGAUUCAGUUAUGUGGGAAUGAGGCAGUUCGUAUUCCCCAUUUAUAUAAUAAACGAAAAGUCAAAAGAAUUAUGUCUGGACAUUUAAUGCACCAAAACUGAAACAAAACAGUAAACUCAAUGAAACAUCCCCCACACUGUACAUUCACCAAAAGUGUGAAUGAUAACUUAGCUUCUAUGAAUGUCUUCCCGAUAAUGGAAGCUAUUUCUAAAUAAUAACUUCAAACCCCCUGUCUGGAGCUCUGUAUGGACGUCUUUGUCCCUCAACAAUAUGUUAAAACUGAUUAACGCUGUCGUCCGCUAUAACCACGAAAUGCACGAGAUUUUAAAACCCACGUGCAUAUACGCAUAGCGAUGGGUGUAUUCAGGCGCGCUGACCCAAGCUAAAAACAAAAACAUGUAUUUCCUUCUGUUCAUACCCCUCUCCUUGACAGACUCCUUCUGUUCAGUUAUGAUUGGACCUUCUUUAAAGCCGCAAUGUAACACAUUUUCGACACUAUUUGGGUCUAUAUUAUAUAUAUUUGGGAAUAUGCACUCACUUUAGCUUCCUAUUGAUGGAAUAAAGACUUAGUAUCCCUUACAACUUGCCUGAAAUUGAUAAUUGAAACUUCGAGGUGAACAGCUUCCAAACAGAACACUUGUCAUACAUGUACAUGGAAUGUAAACAAUUGCUCCGUACAUCGAAAACUGUCUCAUGCGGUGUUUGCCGAAUUAGUUUCAAUCACAAGUUGUCAGUAGGAUAUUCGUAAAGAUUGCUCCAAGGGAGAUAUCUCUAUUGGGUUCGCUUAAAAUAAUGUUUGGCCGGAAGAGGGCACGAGAAUCGAUUUUAGUGCAACGUUGCAUUAAUUCAUUCAAACGUUUUAAUUUAAUAUUGUAGUCUAAAGAUGUAAUUUUAUAUUGCAGCUUCCCUGAGGCCUGAUAGUUAGUAUUAUUAAGAGAAUAGUAUUAUUUAUUUUUAGAGAAGUGUGGUGUGAUAUAGUGCCUUUAAGUAGGUCAUGAAACAUAACAGAAUAAUAUGACAAGUGGAGAAAAAUCACAUCACGCAAAAUCAUGUGCAACCUAUAUGUAUUAUAUAUGCUACUUUUAUGGAUUAAUGUCCUGCCUGUUUGAUUGGUCAUGUACUGUUUCAGAAAGAGCAAAUGUGGACUGUAUACAACCUUGAGAAAUCCUGGCACAAAGUUUCUUUACCAUGACAUUACUCCACAAAACUUACUGCGCAGUUGUGUCCCUUUGCUGCUAUGAUUCAAUAGUCUGUUGAAUCCCAAGAUUCACUCUUACUGUAGUGUUGUGUGUGUUGUUCCACGGCUACAUCAUGUUUCCCAUCAGUCUGAAUUCCUGUCUAUGACAUCCUGCCAUUAGACAGCAUUAAGCAGCAUGACCCCAGUUCGCUCCUGCUCACUUCUCUACUGAAAUGUGGAAUCAUGCUUUUUAUAUUUGUUGCAAAUGUUUUUGUUGAUGAAAUCCAGCAUAUUUAUUUUUCAGCUGAAUCUGAAACAGUUUUGUCUCAAGGUACACAUUCUGAAAUAUUGAUGGCAGUUUUCAAUGUCAGUUCUAAUAUAUAGUAUAAAAUAUUAUAGUUAGAAAUAUACUGCUUUCCCAGUGUGGUGUUGUUGAUGAGGGAAACAAGAUUUGUUUAAGACUAAGCAGUUCAAUAUCAGUUGAGGAAAGACCAAUUUCAUUCCUCGUUUGAGACACGUUUCAUUGAUCAGUGUCAAAAUCUUAAUGGUGUUUUAAAAUAUAAACAUAACAAUUUCAGUGUUGGCUUAUACAAAUACAGGAUUUAUGUAUAAUAUUGUUAAUCAUGUUGCAAAAUCUAGCUCCGUCGUGUCUGUAAACCUUGACAUAAUUGGUCUGGCCUUGACUGACACUGUCAUUCAUUCUCACUAGUUUUGUGGUAUUAGUGCCAUCACAUUUUGAUCAUGUCUUCUAAUGCCUUUAUGGCAGAAAAUUAAGCAACAUAUAGCAUUUAUUUCACUGGGAGACAGAAUUCACAUAGAAAACAAAUUUGCCUAUACUGCUGAUAUAUUUAGAAUUCAACAUAACAAAGUGCUGAUGUGUAAAACAGAUGUCCAUGACUUAGUGUUGUAUCUGUUUUAGAAACCAUGUUACAUAAAUCAUACUUUUGUCAGUCUUCCUUCUUCAAACCUUUAUGCUCAUAUCUCAUUUUGUACUGGCUGUAUAUUUCCUGGAGUAUUUAUGCAAAGAAAAUGUUCCAUUGUGCCAACACAUUUGUAAUUGUUGGGGCAAUGAUGGCUGCCAUAAGGUUUAUGUUCUAUGUUUAGAGCUGUAUGAAAUUCAUGUUGCUAUCAUUUUAGUUGUAGGGUGAUGUGUGACGAAUGAUCAGAAUAAACAUAUUAACAACUGUA